ACUUGAUGAGGACUACCAUAGUGAAGAGUCCUAGCUAGUAGAGCUAAUCUAGUUAGUCUACGCUAAAUAACUUCUGCCUUUACCUGGUACGCUUGCUCAAACACUAGCUAGUCUAGUAGUAUAACUGUGCCACAACUGAGCUAGGUUGAAUUGAAUGUCUUACAUAUGUUCAUAGAUUACGAUUAAAAACACAGAACUGGAACCUUGUUUGACCAAAAUGGAAAGUCUUCUUGAGAAAGACAGCCCGUUGUUAUUGCCUCUCAACAAGGAGAAGACGGCAUAUGAUGGAUUUAUCACUGUGCAGGGAAGAGACUUUAGAAUACGAAUACUUCUUCCAUCAAAUCAACAACUUAAAUGUGCCAAACUUCACUGCUCCUGGCAGUUGAAACAGCUUCUACAUGGAUAUCGACACAUCGUGAAGCAGAGGCUACACCGAUCUGCUGAUUUAGUCAGCUUCAUAUUGGAACUGAAGACCGUUUUGGAGGUGGCGCUGAAGAACCAUGUGGAAUAUUGCUCUAUCCCCCCUCCACAAUACUACUCUCAACUCAUCUCAGAGAUAGAGGCCCUGGGCUGGGACAAGCUUCUGUCCAUCGACACAGAGUUCUGUACGUUAAAACUUAGAGCAGAGGACUCGUCUGGGCGACUGCAUGACGUCACAGUUAAACUGAAGCCCAAGCAUCCUGCAGAGGCUCCAGAGUGCUAUGCUGACCUACCGUUACCACUGACCAUCACCUGGACACCACAGAGUACUCUUGGGCAUGUCCAUGCUCAGUUCCUGCUGGUGCUGGAGUCUCUGGCUGAGUUCUGGAAGGUUCUGGAUGAGAUUGAUGAGAAGACUUGGGUUCUAGAACCAGAAAAACCCAGUAGAGCCGACACAAUGAGGCGGAUUGCGAUCGGGAACAACGUGUCCAUCAAGGUGGAAGUGGACACCAAGCACCCCAAUAUGCUCCCAGACUGCUGCCUGCUGGGAGCAGACCACGUGGUGACCCCCCUGCGGAAACAGUUGAAUGGCAACAUGCAUUUAUGGAAUCCAGAUUGCAGUGUGUUGCAAAAUCUGCAGGAUGUUUUGGAGAUAGAAUUCCCAUCACCUUCCACCCACGAAAAAUCUAGUUUCAGUAUGGAGUGUGGAAUAUGUUAUUCGUACCGCCUAGAAUCGGCGAUUCCGGAUCAGAUGUGCAACGAUCCGAGAUGUGGACAACCCUUCCAUCAGGCCUGUCUGUAUGAGUGGCUACGAGGGCUACCGUCCAGUCGACAAAGCUUCCACAUUGUGUUCGGGGAGUGCCCCUACUGCAGCAAGGUAUCACAACAUCAUUUCAUGUCUCCGUGUAGGAUUACUAUAAAUUACCGAUUGAUAAAACAACUGUGCUAUAAACGAAUACAGUCAUUUGUGUGUGUAACAGAAAAUGGAAUUAAAAGCUUGUCAAUUCGUUUGUAUUGCAGCCCAUCACUGUGAAGAUGGCCACGCAGAAAGCAUAAGGACCAGACUUUUGACUGCUUGAUUAUAUGGGGUGGGCAGACUGGCUACCAGUAAAAAAAAGAAUCACUCUAAUCCUUCAGUCUACUGGUUAGUGCAGGAGAAUAGAGUGCAAAUCCCUGUCUCUCAGUGCAAGUAGAAAGGCAAGCAAGAUGAAGACAAGCCCUGCAGCACAGUAGAUCCUGGAGGACCAGGAGCCCUUCUGUUGAGGGGCUUGUGUCUCUCUGUGACCAUGGUCGCUGUCAUCAUUGUACUGUUGCUUGUAGCCUCUGUUGUCUGUGUGGCUGUAUCUUCGAUUCCCCCAUCUCUGGUCAUAACCCUGGUCAUCGUCCUCCCUGUGAUCAUCAGCCUUGGAAGGCUCCUGCCAGGGCCUGUGUGUCUGACCAGAGCGACUAGUCUGUGUGAGGCUGGGUCUCCUACUGUAGCAGUCAUCCUGGUCCCACCUGCUGCUUGUCUUGGCAGGUGAGGCUAGUCGUGUGUGGCGAGGCAGCCGGGGGUUGACUUGUGGUCCUGAGGUCACCGUGAGGUCAAAGUCUUCAGCUGCUUUUUCCUGGACCGGUCUUUUGUUUUUUGUUCUGCUUUUCUGUUGACAAUUGUAAUUUAUAGUUGCCGUAUGGUUACUACAUUGAGUAAGAGUUGUUGAAUGCAUUCUCCUAAUUAUGACACUUUUCAAUAAACUUGGGCUUGGAAAAAAG